AUGUUAGAUCAAAAUAUUUUAAGACCUUCGAAUUCUCCAUGGAAUUCACCUAUUUGGAUAGUACCUAAAAAGAUGGACGCUUCAGGAAAACAAAAAUGGAGACUUGUUUGCGAUUUUCGAAAGUUAAAUGAAAUUACAAUUGGUGAUUCUUAUCCACUUCCAAAUAUUGAAAAUAUUUUAGAUCAAUUAGGCAAUGCUAUAUAUUUUUCAACUUUAGAUCUUGCUUCAGGAUUUUACCAAAUUGAAUUAGAAGAAAAUGAUAAAUUUAAAACUGCAAUUGCAACUCCUUCAGGACUUUUCGAAUUUAAUAGAAUGCCUAUGGGACUUAAAAACAGCCCAAGUCGUUUAGCACGAUUAAUGAAUAUUGUUUUAUCUGGACUUCAAGGAAAUAUGUGUUUUUGUUAUUUAGAUGAUGUUGUAGUUUAUGGUUCGUCUUUAGAAGACCACAAUCGGAAAUUAGAAACCGUGUUUGAACAAUUGCGACGUCAUAAUUUACAAUUACAACCGGACAAAUGCGAAUUUUUAUGUAAAGAAAUAUCUUAUUUAGGACAUCAUAUAUCUGCAUCUGGAGUACAACCAGAUCCAAAGAAAAUUGAAACUAUUAAAAAUAUUCCAAUACCCAAAACUGCUAAGGAAAUCAAAUCAUUUUUAGGACUUAUCGGUUACUAUCGGAAAUUCAUUGAAAAUUUUUCAGCUAUCGCAAAACCAUUGACCAAUUUAUUAAAGAAAAAUCAAAAAUUUGAAUGGACUAAUAAAUGUCAAAAAUCUUUCGAUCAAUUUAAGGAAUUACUUUCAAAAGAACCAAUUCUUCAAUUUCCAAAUUUUUCAGAAACUUUUAUAUUAACUACUGACGCUUCAAAUGAUGCAAUCGGUGCUAUUUUAUCUCAAGGAACAAUCGGAAAAGACCUUCCAAUUAGUUAUUUUUCUAAAACGCUCAAUAAAGCAGAACGAAAUUAUUCAACCACUGAAAAAGAACUUCUGGCUAUUGUAGAAGCAUGUAAACAUUUUAGACCAUAUCUUUAUGGACAAAAAUUCAUUAUUUGCACAGAUCAUAAACCUUUAGUCUGGCUUAAAAAUUGUAAAGAACCUUCAAGUCGUUUAGUUAGAUGGAGAUUAAAAUUAAUGGAUUAUGAUUACGAAAUUGUUUAUAAAAAAGGAAAAUUAAAUCAAAAUGCUGAUGCUUUAAGUAGAAUCAUUCCUGAAAAAAUUAAUUCAAUCAAUCAAAAUUCCUUCGGUGAUUUUCUUAAAUUAUAUGAACAAAAUAAAAUCGAACAGCCUUCCAAUAUUUCGGAAAUUAAUGAUGAUUUAUUCAAUUCACCUGAAAAAUAUUCUCUAGGUCAUUGUGUUUCUAAAGAUUUCCAUAUGGGAAAAGGAAUUGCUCUUUCUUUCAAAAAUAAAUUUGGACAAAUAAAAAAUCUUUUAUCUCAAAAUAAAUCAGUUGGACAAGUUGCAAAAAUUCGACAUAAGAAUCGAAACAUUUACUAUCUCAUAACUAAAGAAUUUUAUCAUGAAAAACCAUCCUAUAAAACAGUGUUCAAUUCACUUCUAAAUCUCAAAAAAUUAUGCAUCCAAAACAAAGAUACUCAUUUGGCUUUACCACGAAUUGCUUGUGGAUUAGAUAAAUUAUAUUGGCCUAAGAUUUUUAAAAUGAUUCAAUAUGUUUUCUCAGAUUCCAAUAUUAAGAUAUCAAUUUAUAAUUUUCCAAAUCAAGAUUCAACCAAAAUUAUUCAUUCAAUUAAUGAAGAAGAACUAACUUUCGACAAUUUCAAGAAUUUUCAUCAAAGAGAAGUUCAAAUUCCAAAACCAAAAUUAAUUAAUAUUCCUAUUUUACAAAUAAAAAACUUUAUAAUACCAAUGUCAUGUGACCUUUCUGAUUCUAAUGAAUUCUCAGACUAUUUAAAAUCAAAAUUUUCAGAUUUACCCACUCGUUCGAAGAUAUCCGAUAUAGUUGUUAAGAGAUUACCUCAACAAUCUAUUUAUAUUAUAUUUCUGAAAGAAUUUUAUGAUGAAUCUGUUCUUUAUGAAAAUUUAUUCGAAACUUUAUUCAAUCUUCGACUUCUUUUAAAAUAUAAUGGUAUUCAGAAAUUCGUCAUUCCAAAUAUAGCUUUAUCCAAACAAAAUUCAGUCAUUCGAGAAGAAACUUAUUAUAGUCUUUUAUAUUUCCUAUUCCGUGAUUUCGAUUAUGAAAUUUUAUCUGAAGAACGUAUAUUCGUACAUGAUGAAAACUUAAUUAAAGAAAUUUUAUUUGAAAAUCAUGAUUCACCUCUAGGUGGUCAUCAAGGAUUCGAACGCACUUAUGAGAAAAUCAAACAGUUAUAUUCUUGGAAAAACAUGAAAGAUGAAAUAAGGCAAUAUAUUAAGAAAUGUAAAAUCUGUCAACAAUCAAAAACUGAUUUCAAACAUAAUAAAAGCCCAAUGAUUAUAACAACCACUUCAACUAAAUUUUGUGAACAAAUUGCACUAGAUAUCGUAGGUCCACUUCCUAACACCAAAAAUAAUAAUCGAUUCAUUUUAACCAUUCAAGAUGAUCUUACAAAAUUUAUUCAAGCAUAUUCUUUGAAUACUCAUGAUGCUAAAACCGUAGCAAUUUAUUUUCUUAAAUUUUGUACACAAUUCGGAUUUCCUGAUAGAAUCCUCACUGAUCAAGGUGUAGAAUUUUCCUCAAAUAUCUUUAAAGAAAUCAAUCGACUGAUGUCAAUUAAACAUAAACAAUCUACUCCAUAUCAUCCACAAACUCAAGGUUCAUUAGAAAGAACUCAUUUAACUCUGAAGGAUUAUUUUAAAUGCUAUAUAAAUAAAGAUACUGAUAAUUGGGAUGAAUUUUUAAAUUUUGCUACUUUUACCUAUAAUUCAUCAAUUCACAAAUCAACUCAGAAAACCCCUUAUGAAUUAGUUUUCGGACAACGAGCAAGAAUACCGUCUCAAAUUAACAAACCUAAACCUUUAGCAAAUUAUUCAGAACUUGCAACCGAUAUAACUAAUAAAUUGAAAAUUUUAAGGGAAACGGCACGUGAAAAUCUGAUUAAAUCAAAAAAUAAAUCGAAAGAAUAUUACGAUAAAUCACAUAAUCGAACAUAUGCUUUUAGCGAAGGAGAUCUAGUAUUAUUGUAUGACAAUCAUUCAAAGGCAACGAAUAAGAAACUCAAUCCAAAUUAUAAAGGUCCUUAUAAAAUAGAACAAAUUCAUAAUAAUCAAACAGCCUCUUUAAGAAUAAGUAGAACAAAAUUGAAAACCUAUCAUUUUAACCAAUUAAAACCUUAUGUCAUUUCAGAUGAAAAUGAAGACAACGGUUCUUCUCCUCCUUGCAUUCAUAUUCCUAGCCCCAAUCCGAGCACAUCAAAACAAAUAUAAAAUAUCCUCUAUUGAUUCUUCCUCGGGUCUUUUAUUCCAUUAUCUAGGAAAAGCACAAAUUUCAAAUAAUCGAUUCACACUUCUUACAUAUCAUAAUUUAACCAACAUUAAAUUUCAAGUAGAACAUAUUUCUCUUUAUUACACGGCUUCCUCAAAUAUAUGUAAAAUUGCAAUGGCUGAUCACAUUUCAAGUGACUGUAAAAAUCAAUUGAAUUAUGUUAAAACAAAAAUGAAGCUUAUCAAACAAUUAUACAAAACAAUUUCUCAUCAAAUAUCUUCUCAAAGGAAGAAACGCGGUAUUUUAAAUGGAGUUGGCACAGCAAUCAAAUGGUUUAUCGGUACCCCUGAUUCAAAUGAUGCUGAAUUUUAUUCAGAUUCAAUAAAUGAACUAAUCAAUAAUAAUAAACAAACUAAAGUAUUAAUGCAACAACAAAUUUCCAUUUUAUCUUCAACUAUUUCUAAUUUCAACAGUUCUUUUCGUAAAAUGAAUGAAAAUAUCGAAAUCCUCAAUAAUAAUUUGAAAGCAUUCUACGUUUAUUCAAAGCAAGUAGAGAGAAUGAAAGAAUCUUUUGAAAUUGAAACUCAUAUCGCCAAUCAUUUAUUGUUACUUAUAGAAAUGACUGAUGAAGUAUUGAAUACUCUUGAAAAUUAUGUCAAUGAUUUCAUUUUAUUACAACAUGGUAUUAUAAGUUAUAGAAUACUUUUUCCAGAACAAUUGCUCCAUGAAUUAUCAAUUAUAUCUUCAAAGUUCACUCUUCCAAUUUCUCUUAAUAUUGAAAAUGUUUAUCUUUAUUAUAAAAUCAUGAAUUUAAAAUCAUUUCUAACAAAAGACUUAUUAAUUAUUGCGUUUGAGAUACCUCUUGCUUCUCUUGAAAAACUUGACAUUUAUCAUAUGUUGUCUUUACCUACUCCACACAAAAAUGAUAAUACUUUAUUUUCCUAUAUUGAACCAUCAAAAUCCUUUCUCCUUAUCUCCCAUAUGAGAACUAGUUAUUUGAUGGUCGAUACUUUGGCAAAUUGUGAAGAAUACCAUCCAAAGGAAUGGAUAUGCAAGAAGAUGCCUACCCUUAGAAAGACCGAUGCUGCAUGUGAAGUUCAAUUAAUAUCUGCUGUGAGAAAAUCAAUUCCAAAGUCAUGUAACACAAGAAAUUUAAUUGCUGACGCUGAAAUCUGGCAUGAAAUUGACAACAAUCUAUGGUUAUUUUCUGUUUCUACUCCAACCCAACUAACGAUUAUUUGCGAUGAAGAUCCUUUGAAAAAUGAAGUUAUCAAGCAAAUGGGAACCUUAGAACUUAAUCAAAAUUGUAAAGCCUUCACCAACCAAGUCAAUCUUGAAACCAAUUCUAUUUUGAUGUCUACUAAUUCAAGUUUUGAAAUUCCUUCUACAAAUAUAGUCGACGAUGACUGUUGUGAAAAAUUAAA